UUUUGAAUUCAUAUCGCCAAAACAUCAAAUACCGUUUGCAAAUUUGAAGAUCUGAAGGCGAAAUUCAACUUUACCAGAAGAAUUCAUCGAGAGAGAUGAAGAGGAAAUCAACCAGAAAGCCAUCGGCGGUUAUUCCAGAUCGAUCACCAACCGAAUCUCCACCGAAGUUCAAGUUCAAUUUCAGCUGCUUCAACGACGUUUCGAACACCUACUCGUCUCCAAUGAAGAAGAACAACAACAAUCUGAACAAAAAAUCAUCUGCGGAGACGCCUACCGGAGUAUCACCUGCACCGGCACUCUCGUCGCUCAGCAAAGCGCUUAACACGAUCUCUGAUCUGAAGCAAAUGACGUCAUCGAACGUCGAUUCUCUCAAGCGUCACGUAGAUUUCUCGCAUUCGGAGAUACUCAAGGAUAUGGAGGCUUCUCAUUCACGUCUACACAAGCGGUUUAAGAUUCAAAAUCAAACAUGCCAAGAAACAAUGAAUGAAGCUGAGAAAGAAUUCAAGAAGUUGACUGAGCGUAUAAGCGAAACUCAUGAUACAAUGCAGGCAUCAUAUAUGGAGCUGAUGGCAGAAACACAAGCCAACACUAAUCGUGUAUGCAAAACAACCAUCCCUGAACUUCUGCAGUCUGUGGAUAAAGCCAUUGACACUCUGAGGACGCGUUACGGAAUUGCUUAAACUUCAUGGUAGCUUUACCUUAAUAAGUUGGUGCUUCUAGGAAUCAAUCACAGAGUGAAGCAAUAGUAUGUAGAUGAUGUCUUGUUGAUCUUCCAAAGGUGAUGAAAAUGAUUUUACUUUACUUUACUUUUGAUGUUCAUAUAGGUUUAUUACAGCUACAAUAAACAGAACUCUUAAAUCACAAAGACAUGUUUAGAGAGUUAAAUAGCUCUCAGAUGGUACUUCUACUUGUCCCUUCUAACUAAAA